CAGCACUACAGACCACUACAAACCACUUUCAAACCACAGUUUUCAAUCCCAGACACCUCUUACACGAAGCAAACACACGCCCACACCCACACGAGCAAACAAUCCGAUACAAUCUCGAUACCCUAGUCCAAAGAAAUACUACAUACAAACACAAUGCAAUCCACCCACCAACCCGACCAACCCGCCCAGCCCCCAAAAGAGGCCGGCUACAACCAAGCCUCCAACCCGGUGACCCAGACGCCCUACGAGCAGCGCACACCCCAGCACCACGAAACCCGACAGCGCGGGGACCCGACCUCCUCCAUCACGCGGCGCACCGCCGACUCCCGCCCGGCCAACGAUGAGCGCCUGCGCCAGCUGAACGCGGACCGCGAUCAGGAGCGCGAGGCCCUGCACCGGGCUGCGUCGGGGGUCGAUCUGGAGUACGGGGUCGAGCAGCAGCCGGCGGAGGGGGAGAUCGCUCACGCGGUGGAGAGCACGUCCGGCCGGGCGCGCGCGCGAGCGCAGGCCGGGGCCCAUGCCGGUGCGGUGGGCAGUGCCAGCGGGCCCGGGGGCCCAGGGUAUGAGAAGGGGUUGGCGGCGGAUAUGGACCGGAAGGCCGAGGAGCAUGAGCGGGUCCUAGGGGAGCGGGUGGGACAGUCGCCGGCGGAGCCGGACGAUGAUGGGGUGUUGGCGGAGAGGGAGGCCGUCAGGGAGCGGAAGUUAAAGCAGGAUAGAGAGUUGGAUGUCAAGGGGGCGGUCGCCAGAGGCACGGGGGAUCCUGUUGUUGGGUGAAUGCUCGCGCUUAAUGACAUGAGAGGCUUCUUUGUUUUUGUGGAUAGAGCUCAUUUUUGGGGGGAAAGGGUACAUAACGAUUCUCUGAUAUUCGUUUGUCGUGUCCGAGAUGUUUUAAUGAUUAAUGUGGACAGAAAUUUGGUUUGUUUUUUUUUGCGGCUGUCUGACCAGGCGAUGCCGCGAGGGUAUCACAUUAUACAUCAAUUUCAAUCAUCA